CGGCUCUUUCCGGAGCGCCUCGGCCCUUUCCGUCAUCAGCGCCUUUCACUGCGGCUCCAUCGAGCGGACUGGCCCGCUGCUCUCAUCCGAGACCUCCGUGCACCCUGUCGGAUCCCUUCCAUCCCGCCCGCCGGCUCCCCGGAAGCCUCCAGCGUCCGUACAAAUGCAAGCUAUAAAAUGUGUGGUGGUCGGCGACGGGGCUGUGGGUAAGACCUGUCUACUGAUCAGCUACACCACCAAUGCCUUCCCGGGUGAAUACAUCCCCACUGUCUUCGACAACUACUCUGCCAAUGUGAUGGUGGACGGGAAACCGGUCAACCUGGGACUGUGGGACACCGCAGGACAGGAGGACUACGACCGGCUGAGACCACUGUCCUACCCACAGACGGUACCGCACACUGACACACACACACACACACACACUGGCAGCUGGUGCGCUCACCCUGUGUCUGGUUCUCUCCAGGAUGUGUUCUUGAUAUGCUUCUCCCUGGUCAGUCCCGCCUCCUUUGAGAACGUCCGAGCCAAGUGGUACCCUGAGGUGCGACACCACUGCCCCAACACGCCCAUCAUCCUGGUGGGAACCAAGCUGGACCUGCGAGACGACAAGGACACCAUCGAGAGGCUGCGGGACAAGAAGCUGUCCCCCAUCACCUACCCCCAGGGCCUGGCCAUGGCCAGGGAGAUAGGUGCGGUGAAGUACCUGGAGUGCUCGGCGCUGACCCAGCGGGGCCUGAAGACGGUAUUCGACGAGGCCAUCCGGGCCGUGCUGUGCCCCCCGCCCGUGAAGAAGAGGGGCAAGAGGUGCACCAUGUUCUGAGGGGAGGGGGGGCGCACGGCUUUCCACUGCACCACAUCACCAUGAACAACUACCACUACUUCUCU